AUGACCCUGCCUGAUUUCGACAACCUGCCGCCCGUCUCUGGAAAGCCGCAGGGCUGUGCCUGGGGUGUCUUUGACAAAGACGGCCAGAAAGACCAGUAUGGGACGUUGAACCUGCUCACCCCAGAGGUGGUCCAGGCUGCCUCGGCGGAGAUCAAACGGGGUGUAUCUGUGUCUUUGAACUGGCCCAUCGGGAGUUUGAAAAUGCAGGGGUUUUUCCGGAAAGCACUUGACCACCAAGUAUUGACGCACAAGACAGAAACGGGAGAAGUUUUCGCUUAUGACGAUGAGGUGGCAUUCAAUACCCAGGCUAGCAGUCAAUGGGAUAGUCUGUGCCACGUCCGACUACUCCCCUCUGGAGAAGUGUACAACGGUACUCAACCAUCGAUCGAGGGUCUUCAACGUGGUGAUUCCGAGCUCCCAACACUAGACCACUGGCACGAACGAGGCUGCAUAGUCGGCCGAGGCGUCCUCAUCGACUUUAAAAGCUACGCCGACGCCAAAGGAAUCGAAUUCUCCCCUUUCUCGUCGUUUCAGCUCAGCAUAGCAGACAUUGAAGCCGUGGCCGCCUACCAAGGCACAACCUUUCAAACCGGCGAUAUUCUGCUCGUCCGAUUCGGAUUCACGGAGGCAUUGAGCGGCAAGACAGGCGGCGAGCAAGGAGCUGCACUUUCGACAGGACAUUUCUGCGGACUGGAAAGCAGCGAAGAGAUGGCCAAAUGGCUCUGGAAUCAACACUUUGCCGCUGUUGCGAGUGACAAUAUAGCGGUGGAGGUGCUUCCGCCUAUUAUCAAUGGGGAGGAGAGGCCGGUGUGUGAGCUCGGUGAGUACAACCCAAUCAAUUCUAUAGAAAGGAACAAAGAGACCCUCAAGCUGACCAUACUAGUGCUCCAUAAGUGGUGCUUGGGUAUGUUUGGGAUGCCGCUGGGCGAGCUCUGGGAUUUGAAGGCUCUAGCGGAGGAGUGUCGCAAAGCACAGCGAUACUCGUUCUUCAUCACCUCGUCACCCUCGAACCACCCUGGUGCUGUUGGCAGUCCGCCGAAUGCGAUCGCCAUUUUGUAG